AUGCUGAAGGAGCUCCAGCUCUUCCUGUUGGCCAUCCUGCUGCUUUCCUGUGGCUUCCUCUAUCAGCUCACCCUGAAGUCCAGCUUCUUCUCCUGCCCUGCCCCCAACAAGUCCCAGCAGGGGCUGGGAGCCCUCCUGGGCAAGGGGAGCAGCAUUGUGUUUCUAGAGACCUCUGAGAGAACAGAGCCUCCCCCGCUGGUCUCCUGUGCUGUGGAGUCGGCUGCCAAGGUUUAUCCUGAGCAGCUGGUGGCGUUCUUUAUGAAGGGUCUCAGUCAUUCCCUGCAGAUGCCUCCAAACUCCACCUCCCCAGCCUUUUCCCUCCUCUCAGCAAUAGACAACGUCUUCCUUCCUUUGGAUAUGAAAAGGCUGUUUGAAGACACACCAUUGUUUUCAUGGUACACUCAAAUCAACGCCAGUGCACAGAGAAACUGGGUGCACGUCAGCUCAGAUGCGUCCCGCCUGGCCAUCAUCUGGAAGUAUGGGGGCAUCUACAUGGACACCGAUGUCAUCUCUGUCAGGCCCAUCCCCCAGGAGAACUUUUUGGCUGCACAGGCUUCUCAGUACGCUAGUAAUGGCGUGUUUGGAUUCCUCCCCCACCACACCUUCCUGUGGGAGUGCAUGGAGAACUUUGUUGAACACUACAACUCUCACAUUUGGGGCAACCAGGGACCUGAUUUGAUGACAAGGAUGUUGAGACUGUGGUGCAAACUUGAAGACUUUCAGGGGAUAAGUGACCUCAGGUGUUCGAACUUGUCCUUUCUACAUCCCCAAAGAUUUUACCCCAUCUCCUACCCAGAGUGGAGGCGCUACUAUGAAGUCUGGGACACAGACCCCAGCUUCAAUGAAUCUUACGCCCUGCAUCUGUGGAACUACAUGAACCAGGAAGGGAGGGAUGUGGUUAGAGGCAGCAACACACUGGCAGAGAAUCUCUACCGAAAGCACUGUCCCAGGACCUACAGGGAUCUGAUUCAAGGUCCCCCAGGCUUGGUGACUGGGGAGUUGGGUCCAGGGAACAAAUAGAGCCAAUGUUGGUUCUUGCUGCUACAUCAGGACACUAAGCACUGCCUGGGGAACCAUGCUUUCCCUUGAUCACCACUCUCCCCUGGAUGUGGGGUCUUAACCAG